AUGUUUUCGAAGCUCGCCGCCGUCGUUGCUGCGCUUGCUAUUGCGGCUCGUGCUUCGCCACUCUCCACCAUCCCUUUCAUUCAGUCCCCUAAUACUGAUGCUAUAUGGAGUGCGGAUAUAAUCUCGCCUAAUCUCCUAACUGUAUGGAAAGUCAGUUCCAAUCAGACCGUCACCUGGGAUCCGUCCCGGGUACCUCAGACGCGCACAAAUGCGACGGGUAUUCUUCUGUUAGGAUACGAGCAGAAUGACAGCGAGAACUUGGAUAUCAAUACACCACUGGCAGCAGGAUUUCCUAUUUCAGCAGGGAAGGUUGAUAUCACCGUGCCCGACGUACCUGAACGGAACGACUACAUCGUCGUUUUAUUCGGUGACUCGGGCAACAACUCCCCGUGCUUCACCAUUGAGCCUUAA